AGAAGUUCUGCUCUGAAGCUCAACAAGAUUUUCCAAUCUUGUGUUUUCCGGCUGCUGAGUCCAAUGUCCCACGCGGGAGGUGUCCUGUGUUGCCUCUCCUCUUGCAAGCCCAGCCUCCUUCCUUGCAGCUGGCGGAAGUGUCUUUGGAGGAAGAAGGCCACGAUCCACGCCUUGCCCGAAGACCUCCUGAUCGACGUGCUCUCCCUGGUGCCCAGGAGAGACCUGGUCCUCAACUGUCGGCUGGUUUGCUCCCUCUGGCGAGACCUGGUGGAUUUGCCCGUCCUUUGGAGGCGCAAGUGCCACCGGUACGGCUACCGCCCCGAGCUGCAGCCCAGCAGCGUCCAGGACUGGCAGGCCGCCUUCUUCUGCUACAGCAAGAGGAACUUAGUCAAGAACCCUUGUGGUGAAGAGGGCUUGGAUUUCUGGGAACUCAAUCCGACUCAAUGGACCACAACUGAGGAAGUCCUGAGACCUUCCAGUAUCCGAUUCUAUGAGCAUUUUAAAAACUUGCCUCGUCCCCCUCAGGAUAUUCAGAAAUGUUUUACUAUCCUGGAGUAUGGGUAUGGCAUCAAGAGGCAGCGCAUCUCUUUAAGGGACGAAGGCUACCCGGCACAGCUGAUGGAUGAGACCCGGCCCAAUAUUGUGGUAAAAGACUGGUAUUUCGUUGAGUUUGGCAGCCACAAACUGGACGUGAAGCUCUUGUCUGCAGACUGCGACGUCCUCCAAGAAUGCUCUCUGAGCAGCACGCCCAAUUGCGGCGGAUGGCACGAGCUGUCGCACACUUUUGACAACUACCCUCCCGGAGUCCGUUACAUCGAUUUGAAACAAGAAGCCAGCUGCAAGUUCGGAGUGAAAAUAACAGGCACCAGCGUUACCAUCGAUCCGGAGGUAUCGCAGCGAAGAGAAUCCCCUCGCCCCAAGAGACUUCGACAACUUAAAAAGGACGAGAGAGACCUGCAGCCUUCCGGGACAGGGUCCUCAAUCCUUUGUUUGCCACUUGGGCUCAGAUGAAGUCCAGAGGUUCUCUGUGGCUGUAUGAUUUCAUCAACUCUUUAUAAAUGGGCUGUGAACAUUGCUGGCUGCUAUUAAACGAGUCCAAGAGAGGGCUCCCGGGAGCUUAAUGGUAGCAAGGCAGCAGGUGGUAGGAGGGAGGAGUGAAGUCUUUGAAGCAGGUGAGUUAGGUGUCUGUAAAAGUUCAGUGGCGGGGUGAGAAAGCCUGGGGGAAAUUUCCCCUUCUCCUCACACCUGUAAGCUGAGAAACAAACCUCAUAACACAGGACUGAGGUGAUUCUUAAUAGCUUUGGGCCCAAUGCUAUGAUCACUAGCGUGUCCCUGGGGCCUGUAGGAUUUUUAGGAUUUUCUUCAGAAAAAGAAGGGUGAGGUACAAGGGCAUACCAGUGGUUCUGCCAGACCUUGCCAUAGGACAGAUGGGUGUCCCAUAAGACGGAGCCCUCCGUCUUAUGGCUUAUUUGCCCCUAUGUGAAGCCAAAGUUCCAGGAAGAGUCUUAGGCUGUUUCUGUUGUUUGUUCGUUCAGUCGCUUCCGACUCUUCGUGACUUCAUGGACCAGCCCACGCCAGAGCUUUCUGUCGGCUGUCGCCACCCCUA